GCCCAGGCCCAGUAGUCCAUCGACAGGGUCUUCCUUCUCCUUCUCGGUGUGUUAGGGUAUUAUGCAGAGUUGCAUUUUCCACCUUAGACUUCGUCACACUCACUCACCACUCACCACUCACCACUCACCAAUACACUUCCUCAGAGGUCAAUUAUCGCGCGACUCGGUUGUGGAUUUUGAGAGUGGCUUUGAUUUAAUUCUAGCACUAGUUGCAGAGAGCUGCAUGGUGAAUACAAAACAGAUGGUUCACAUGGCAGCAUCUCGAGGAGGGGUUCAUAAACUUGUAUCCUCCUCUCGAAUUGAAAAACUAGUUUCCCUUUUAUAUUCCAAACAAUAUCUGCCUCCGUGGCUUGAGACUGUGCGCCAUUUUAGCUUUACCGAUGAUCGCAGUGGCAGAAGCAAACAACCUGUUGGAGAAUCUGAUGACUUUUUCCGUGAACAGUCAGACUCAAGUUUUAAAGACAAUGGUAGCAACCGAACCCAGGAGUCAUACAAUGUUGAACAGUCUUUGUCAGAACCAAUUCCAAGUAGGCCUUUGAGAGGUAAGAAGCCAAUUAAUCAGCCUCCUCCACGUUUCCGAGAAUAUGAUAGAGGUUCCCAUUCCUUCCCUCCGAGAUUUGAUGACAACCAUGGUGGGCCUGAUGAAUUGGACAAAAUAAAUAAAUCUUCCCAAAUUGAUCUUGCAUUUCAGGGCACAACAAAUGUGGCAGAAACGAAUAGGGAUGUUGGCAAAUCAGGAGGCAGUUUCCUUGAUAAAUUUAAGCUUGGUUUUGAUGAUAAAACAGUUAAUCUGUCAGAGGUUGCAGCAAGCAAGCAAUCUGAAGAAGCAAAGAGGUCAAAUCCCAAUCAACCGGCUCAAGAGUCUAUGCCCCAAGAUGCCAACGAGAUCUUCAAGAAGAUGAAGGAGACUGGCCUUAUCCCCAAUGCUGUUGCUAUGCUCGAUGGUUUAUGUAAAGAUGGUUUGGUUCAAGAAGCUUUGAAACUUUUUGGUUUGAUUCGGGAGAAGGGAACCAUUCCAGAGAUUGUCAUAUACACAGCGGUAGUGGAGGGAUACACAAAGGCCCACAAGGCUGAUGACGCCAAAAGGAUUUUCAGGAAAAUGCAGAGUAGUGGUAUUUCACCCAAUGCUUUCAGUUACACAGUCCUUAUACAAGGACUCUAUAAGUGUAAUAGAUUACAUGAUGCUUUUGAAUUUUGUGUGGAGAUGUUAGAAGCAGGUCAUUCUCCAAAUGUGACAGCUUUUGUUGGCCUAGUGGAUGGUUUCUGCAAUGAAAAAGGUGUCGAAGAAGCUAAGAGUGCUAUCAAAACAUUAACAGAAAAGGGUUUUGUUGUUAAUGAGAAAGCUGUUGGACAGUUUUUGGACAAGAAAGCACCAUUUUCACCCUCUGUUUGGGAGGCCAUCUUUGGGAAGAAAGCCCCACAGAGACCAUUUUAAAUAUCUUUCAGACUAUUGACCCUAACUCAAUCAUCACUUGGUUGCUUCUCAUUUUGUCUCUGAAACUUGAUGAAAAAGGAAACAAGUAGAAGCUAUGAUCUAAGGAGACAGACUUCACAGAUUCCUAGUGAAUCCAAAAAUACCUUUGUGUUUCCUUUCUGAUGUUGAUCGUGACUGUAGUGGAAUCAAAUAUGCAAUGGAAGUAAUGGGGAUCAGAUCCUGUUCUUGGGGCUCCUUUCUUCACUUUUAGAGUCAUUUCUCACUAGUGUAGUUCGUUGCACCCUUGUGGUAGGCUGGUAGCUUUGGGAUGAAAUACACUGAUACACAAUUUCUUCAAAUUCCAAACUUGUGCUAAGGUUCAUCAGUUUGGAUCUGAAUUGCCAAGAAUAAAGACAGGCUCGCCCACUGUUUCUUAAUUCUUGUGGAUCAAGGCUCUGAUUGAUUCCUUGAUCUUCAUAGGUUUUCCUGUGCUACCUCAUGAACACAUUGAUGUGAUCCUUGAUGGAUUAUUGAGGGAAUGUGUUGCCUGUUGUUGACUUGUGGCUUCCAUCAAUAAUAGAUUGGACCCUUGUUGAGUGAAAUUGAAUCUCUCCUUACAAGUGAAGCUCGGGUUGAAAAGCAAUCUCUCAAAUACUUCCUGUGUUAUUACUUAUUUUAGCUCUCAAGGAGCAAGUAUUCAUUGUGUUUAUAACAAUUUUCAAAAAUUAUUUUUUUACA